AUGUCGAUCAGCAUACAAGACACCAUCAAAGCCAUCAAGGAUAUGAUUCCCAUCAUCGAUCCUGAGGAAGACUAUUUGACCAUUGCCGCUGCGGAAGAACAAAUGUCCAUCACAGAAGAAGCGCGCCGGAAGGAGUCUGAGGAGACCCAGUCGAGGGUGCGAGCACUCGCUCGGACUUUGGAAGCGGCACGCACAUCUUCUACUCGACCGCCAACGGUGCCUUCUGCUCAAGCGCACGCUGAUACGCUGAAUCAACUGGACGCGACUCGCCUGUCACUGGCAAAAGCUAUCAACGACGCUGAGAGUGCCCUCUCGAGUAAGGAAGCGGAAUUGGCACGCCUCAAGGAGGAGUUACACUCCUUAGAGAUGUCGGAUUCAGCUGACGAACAUGAACUUGAUGGUACAGCUUUACGCUUGGCUAUCUACAAAGGGUUGGGAUUUGAGCCGAUUAUGGGGAAGGAUGGCCACAUUGCAAAGAUGCUUGUCCGGUCAACCUCGGGUGACGUCCAUUGUGUCACAUUCGACGGUAGCAAAACAAAUGAAGAGUAUGCUUCGUUACUCUGGAAGCUGGCCUCGUCAUAG